AUGGAUGAUAGUGAUCAUAGUGGUUAUAAUGGUGGGGGUGGUGAUGAUGGUAAUUCGAUGGUAGGGGGUGUGCAUCUACACCCCAUUGCUGGAAAACCUCAUAACACUCUGGCCUCUACCGAACAAGACCCACAAGCGUUGGAGCUGUAUCACAAGAUAAAGAAUAAGGAGUUGCCUGCUUUAUCUAAGGAAGAUCUGGAAUAUGGCACGGAGAAUGCUGUGGUAGAGUUCUCAGCAACUUCCUACUCCGUUAUGGAAAAUGCUGGACGAGUGAAAGUAGGAAUGGUUCGACGUGGAAACACCAAAAACCAAGUUAUGUUCAAAUAUGAGACGUUAGACGGUACAGCAGAAUCUGAGUCGGAUUAUGUUCCCCAGAAGGGCACGUUGGUCUUUGAGCCCGAGGAGACUGAAAAGUUCAUUGAGAUCGAGAUCAUUGAUGACAACGAGUGGGAACCAGAUGAGACGUUCUUCGUCAAGAUGACCCUGGAGGAAAAACCUAGUGGUAUUGUGCUCGGCAAACACCCAAUUACUGAAGUCACCAUAAUUAAUGAUGAUGAGCCUGGCACAUUGGAGUUUGCUAAGACUAGUUUCCUGGUAACGGAGAACAUCGGAAAUGCAGAGUUGCCCGUCCAGCGUCUGAACGGAUGCGAUGGAAAGAUCGAGGUAACCUGGCGGACAAAAGAUAUUGAAGCAGUCAAUGGUAAAGAUUUUGAAGGCGGCGAAGGUACGCUCGUGUUUGAGCACGGCGAGAGGGAGAAGAGCAUCAAUAUCCCAAUUAUCGAUGACCAAGAAUAUGAGAAAGAUAAAAGUUUUCAAGUGGAGCUGUUCAACCCAACUGGAGGCGCUCAGCUUGGACGAUUGAAAAAAACAGUUGUUACUAUCAUUAACGAUGACGAUUAUAAGACGAUCCUGGACCGUGUGGUAAACAUCACACAUAUCAACAUGGAGCGAUUGAAGCUUGGCAACUCAUCCUACGGCGACCAGUUUGUAGAUGCUAUUAACGUGAAUGGUGGCGAUGUUGAGAAUGCCACAUUCGGAAAAUAUAUCAUGCAUCUUCUGACAUUCGGAUGGAAGGUUAUUUUUGCCAUCAUCCCACCUCCAAAAUUUCUGAACUCUGGAGGAUGGAUUACAUUCGUCGUAGCACUUGCCUUCAUCGGUCUUCUCACAGCCAUCAUUGGAGACUUAGCAUCCAUCUUCGGCUGCAUUGUUGGAAUAAAGGACAGCGUGACAGCUAUCACUGUUGUUGCACUUGGAACCAGUUUACCGGAUCUUUUCGCAAAUAAAACUGCUGCCAACAACGAGAGGUAUGCAGAUGCGGCCAUCUGCAACGUCACUGGAAGUAACUCAGUCAUCGUAUUUCUUGGUCUUGGGACACCUUGGGUAAUCGCAGCCAUAUACUGGUCCUCAAAGGGUCAAGAUUUCUGUGUACCAGCUGGAUCCUUCGGUGUAAGCGUGGUUGUUUAUACCAUCUGUGCCUUGCUGUGUGUGUCGUUAAUCGCAGCUCGUCGUUUCCUUGAACCGUUUGGCAAGGCUGAGCUUGGAGGUCCAAUGCCAACCCGUUACAUGAGCGGAGCCUUCCUCGUGUUCCUCUGGUUUAUGUACGUUCUUCUAUCCAGUCUGCAGGCCUAUGAAAUCAUUAAUUUAUAGGACGUCGCUAGGCUACAAUCAACAAGGCAACAUACCUGAUGGUCACCAUGCUCAGCUAUUCAACUUGACACAUUCAAUCAGUUCCAAGUUGCCUUAUAAUUAGUUAUGUU